GGCGGCGGCGCCAUGCGGCUCCUGUUCCUGGCGGUGCUCCGGCGGCACACGGGCAACGCCAUCACGGCCCAGCGUGUCCGGGACCAUCUAGAAGCUGCGGGUCACGUGUGUAUUCUGAAAGAUCCCUUGGACUUUGAAAGCCCAUCCGAAAUCUCCACCUUCAUCAAGGCUGAGAGCGUGGAAGCAGCUAUGGCUCUUCAUCUCUAUAGAGGGGGUAGACUUUUGCCAGGUCAUGGAAUUCCUUUUGGAAUCAUCUUUGGUGGAACUGAUUUAAAUGAAGACAUAAAGCAGGGAGAAAAAAACAAAGUGAUGGGAGAAGUCCUAGAAGAAGCCAGAUUCGCUGUCGCUUUCACGGAGUCAAUGAAGGAAGCAGCACAAAGGCAGUGGCCACAUGCUAAGGAUAAGAUCUAUGUCCAGAGUCAAGGAAUUGCAACAGUGCCGAGCACCACCUUUAACUGGAACACCUUCCUUCAGCGUUCAGAGAUUAACCAAAAUGCUGACAACCUACACGUGUUUCUCCUGAUCUGUGGACUCCGACAAGUGAAAGACCCUCUCUAUUUGGUGGAUGCAUUCUCGGCAUGGCAUCAAGAGGAGCCCAACGUUUACAUGGUUAUCGUCGGUCCUGAAGUUGAUCCAGUGUUCACAAGGGAAGUCAAAGCCAAAGUAAAGAGGACCCCUGGGGUACGGUUGAUCGGGGAAAUGACUCGGGAAGACCUCCACGCGGUCGUGAAGAAUUGCUUCGCAGUGGUGAAUAGCUCUGUCUCUGAAGGCAUGUCAUCCGCAAUCCUGGAGGCGAUGGAUUUGGAAGUCCCUGUGUUGGCAAGGAACAUCCCUGGGAACGCGGCCGUGGUGAAGCACGAAGUGACAGGAUUGCUGUUUUCCGACCCUCAGGAGUUUGUUCGGCUGGCAAAGAGACUGGGGGGCGAUCCGGCACUAGAAAAACAACUCGUGGCCAACGGAAGGGAGUAUGUGAGAAUGUAUCACUCGUGGCAGGUGGAGAGAAACACCUAUGGGCACCUGGUCAGGAUGCUGGAGGGAAGCAGUGAGGACUAAGGGCGUGCCCGGUGCCGUGAGAUGCUCAGCCCUGGGCAGACACCCAGGGACAGGGCUCUGGGCAGAGGGCGGCCAUCCAGUCGAAAUCAAGCCGGGUGCAUUGGAACCGUAGAUUUAUUUGUCAUAAGACGAUUCAUCCAGAACCUCUCUGUGCUUCCAGGUAACAGCCCAGAUGUGUUUCCUGAUCAGUCCUCAUGGAGAUGCAUUACUAAUUGGGGCAGGGUAACUGGUUUUAAGGGGCAUCAGGGAGAGAGUUUGAUCAGCUGCUUUAGGACUUCUAGGGACAGUAAGGGCUUAUUUGUAAGCCAUCACAGGGAAGGGUAGGCCUCUCUCCCCUGUAUUCUGAUGACCUGUAACCCAUCACUGUCUGUUCAAAGAGCAAAAGCAAAAAUCAGACGUGUUGGCUGAGAGGGGUACAGGCAGUGAUUAUAAUGUGGUACAGACCCUGAAGCCAAUCUGGGGCCCCAACAGAUGUGCAGCUGGGCUCCCAGGCUCUGCAGGUUUCCGUCUCUAAACACUGGAAACAUUGCUGUGCAUGAGUUGACCUAAUCAGUCAUGUAACUGAGAGAGCGGGGAGUGCUCUAAAUAAGCAGGCCGACCCCUGCCCCGCCAUAGGCUCCACCC